AUGGAAGAAGGAAAGUUGAUUGGUAUGAAAAGCCAUAAUUGUCAUGUUUUUAUGGAAACCUUGAUUCCUAUCGCAUUCAGCCACUUUCUUGAGAGGAUAUGGAAACCAAUCACAGAGAUAAGUUUGUUCUUUAGAGAUUUAUGUUCGGGAAAGUUAUUGGAGAGUAGCUUGGACAGAAUGGAGCAGAAUAUUCCUGUCAUUACUACUAAGUUGGAGAAGAUCUUUCCAUGUGGCUUUUCUGAUGUGAUGGAGCAUAUUCUAAUUCACCUCAUAGAAGAGGCACAUCUUGGAGGCCCAGUUCAAAUGAGGUGGAUGUAUCCAGGAGAGAGGUGGCAUCCCGCAUCAAAAGAAGUUAAUAAGGCAGUAAGAGAGAGCGUUAGGAGGCUUUUUUCACAACCUUGGCACAGUUGGUCGGAGAUUCCAAAAGACCAUAGACAAGCCAUGUUUGAAGAGUUCAAGGCUGGUAUUGGUUCCUCAUGCCAGGCUGAGGCGAUUAACGGUGUUCAGCUUGCUGCUACAUCUUAG